ACUGAACAAACAACACGCUUUUCUAUCUCUACUGUAAAUAGAAAAACAGAGCUCUAAUGGCGAAAUCCUGAAAACACCCACAAAUCCAUCGGUAAGAAUCAAUCUCAACAUCUAAUCAUCUCAUAUUAAUCUUCCAAUACACUUUUCAGAUCUUCCCAGAAGUGGGUUUUCAAAAUUUUUGAUUCAAAACAACAUUUUAGUUACUUAUUAACAUAGAUCUACACACAAAAAUGAGUUUAAGAAGAGCAGAAGAACAAGAUUCAGGAAAAAUCCACAUACCAACAGACAUAAACUGGGAUAUGUUAGAUAAAUCAAAGUUCUUCAUACUAGGAGCAGGAUUAUUCUCUGGGGUUUCAUUUAUUCUUUACCCAGUAGUAGUAUUAAAAACCAGACAACAGAUUUCAUCAUCAAACACUCAGUUAUCAUCCUUCAAGACCGCCGGUUCGAUUAUCCGGUACGAGGGUUUCUUCAAGGGUUUCUACAGAGGUUUUGGUACUUCAUUAAUGGGUACAAUACCAGCUAGAGCUUUAUACAUGACUGCUCUGGAAGUUACAAAGAGCAAUGUUGGUCCGUUCGUGAUGAAAAUGGGGUUUUCUGAGGGGACGGCCAUGGCAAGUGCUAAUGCAAUUGCAGGGUUAACCGCCGCCAUGGCUGCACAAUUGGUCUGGACUCCGAUUGAUGUUGUUAGUCAGAGAUUGAUGGUGCAGGGCAGUGGUGGCAGCAGUGGGAUUAACAAGAAUCCCGCAUUUCAGUAUUCCGGCGGAAUCGAUGCGUUUCGCAAGAUUGUGAAAUCGGAUGGAAUCCGUGGGUUGUACAGAGGAUUUGGGAUGUCGACUGUGACUUAUGCGCCUUCGAAUGCGAUCUGGUGGGCGUCGUAUUCGAUUUCGCAGAGGGUUAUGUGGGGAGGUUAUAGUUGUUACUUAGCAAAGAAAGAAAAUGGUACUAGUAGUUGUAAUGGUGGAUGCAUUAGUCCUAGUGCCAAGACUGUAAUGGCUGUGCAAGGAUUGAGUGCAGCAAUGGCUGGCGGGUUUUCGGCAUUGGUGACAAUGCCGUUAGAUACAAUUAAGACUAGAUUACAGGUAUUAGAUGGUUGUGGGAAUGGCAGCGGGAGCUCGGCGCAACCAACAAUUAGACAUACAGUUAGGAAUUUAGUUAAGGAAGGUGGAUGGUCUGCUUGUUACAGAGGUUUGGGUCCGAGGUGGGUAUCGAGUUCGUUCUCGGCGACUACUAUGAUUACUACUUAUGAGCUUCUGAAGAGACUGUCUGCUAAGAAUUAUGAGACUAUGUGAAUUCAGGGUUCGUGAAUGCUGAGAUGAUGGUAGAGGGAUGGACAAAUUUGUUGGGGUUCUUUUUUUUUUUUGUUUGUGGUUUUUUGGGGGGUUUUCUUUUUUGAUGUUGUUGACAUGUUAAUAUGGUACAAGGGAUGGGCAAAUAGAGAGAUACGUUGUAUAUGAAUGUGAAUGGAAGAAAAAAAUGGAGAUUUGAGAAUCUCAAUGUCUUAUAUUUUGUUGGAAGAAAUGCAAUCAACUUUUUUUGGGAUC